UGAGGUCAUACUUCAAACGUGGCCGUGACAAGGUGGCUGCUGAUGGAUGUGGAGGCCUCCCGAGAGCCGUCCCUUCGUGAAUCUUACUAUAAAAUAAACCAUGGAUCACUUCUGAUCGCUCACGUAAAGAAAGUGUCAGUCAACCAGCGCCUUGUAUAUAUGCUUGUAGGUGAUACCCAUCGUCCCAAGACACCGACACAGAACUCCACAGAACUCACGCUAUGACUUCCGAGUCUUCAUGAUUCCUAGGUUUAGUGGCACGGCUACGGACAUGUCUUGGUCAUUCAAAAAUGGCGUAGGUCUAACGGACUUACGGUUAUGAAAGUAGCUCCAAAUCAGUGUCUGCACUUUUAUUCAAAGUGACACCAUGCCUCGAAGAAAGAAGGAAUUACAAUCAAGUGACGAUGAUGACUCAAAACAGCAAAAACCUGUUCAAAGAAACGCAGCAAAUGCGCGUGAACGAUCACGCAUGCGGAUACUGAGUAAAGCGUUUGUAAAAUUGAAGACCACCCUACCCUGGGUACCCGCAGACACUAAGCUGUCUAAGUUGGACACUCUUCGUCUUGCGUCCAGUUACAUUGCUCACCUACAACAGGUACUGGAUGCUGAAGAUGAAGAAGGGGCUGAACUACCCUCAUUCCAUCCUCUCAAUCUGACCUGGCCGUUUAGUUUCACCGGAGGAAAGGCGAGUCCAAGUUCAGAUGGGAAGUCUCCCGAUCACUUGAAAUCCCACAUGGACCAUGACGAAAUGUCCAGCUGCAGUGACAUGAUGAUUUGACGUCACUUCCGCCACAGUCGCGGAGUAAAACAGGAACAAAAAGACAAUGAAAUGUUGUGAAAUGGCGUGAAAUAUUAAUCUAUAACUGAAAUCCAUGUCGGUUAGAUACUGUAUAUAUAUAUAAACUGAACAAUGCUACGUUAAAUGUGUUUAAAUCUAUCGAAACUGUUAUUUAUUAUUACUCAUUGAAAAUGAACAUAGUCUAGAGUUAUAA